GCCCCGCUCUCUGUCUCCUCAGCCGGCCCCUUCGUCACAAAAGUGAAGGAGCUGCGGCUGCAGAGAGAUGACUUUGAGAUCCUGAAGGUGAUCGGCCGAGGCGCCUUCGGGGAGGUCGCCGUGGUGAGGCAGAGGGACAGUGGGCAGAUCUUUGCCAUGAAAAUGCUGCACAAAUGGGAGAUGCUGAAGAGGGCAGAGACAGCCUGUUUCCGGGAGGAGCGGGACGUUCUGGUGAAGGGGGACAGCCGGUGGGUGACAGCUCUGCAUUAUGCCUUCCAAGACGAGGAGUACCUGUACCUGGUGAUGGACUACUACGCCGGUGGGGACCUCCUCACUCUGCUGAGCCGCUUUGAGGACCGCCUCCCGCCCGACCUGGCCCAGUUCUACCUGGCUGAGAUGGUGCUGGCCAUCCACUCUCUGCACCAGCUGGGUUACGUCCACAGGGAUGUCAAGCCGGACAACAUCCUCCUGGACAUGAACGGGCACAUCCGCCUGGCCGACUUUGGCUCCUGCCUCCGUCUCAACAACAGUGGGAUGGUGGACUCGUCAGUGGCAGUGGGGACUCCCGACUACAUCUCCCCUGAGAUCCUGCAGGCCAUGGAGGAGGGCAAGGGCCACUAUGGCCCACAGUGUGACUGGUGGUCACUGGGGGUCUGCGCCUACGAGCUACUCUUCGGGGAAACGCCCUUCUAUGCUGAAUCCCUGGUGGAAACCUACGCCAAGAUCAUGAACCAUGAGGACCACCUGCAGUUCCCCUCGGAUGUGCCGGAUGUGCCGGCCAGUGCCCAGGACCUGAUCCGCCGGCUGCUGUGCCGCCAGGAGGAGCGUCUGGGCCGAGGAGGGCUGGACGACUUCCGGAACCAUCCCUUCUUCGAAGGUGUGGACUGGGAGCGGCUGGCGAGCAGCACUGCCCCCUACAUCCCUGAGCUUCGCGGGCCUGUGGACACCUCCAACUUCGAUGUGGACGAUGACACCCUCAACCAUCCGGGGACCCUGCCACCACCCUCCCAUGGGGCCUUCUCAGGCCACCACCUCCCAUUCGUGGGCUUCACCUACACCUCGGGCAGUCCCGGCCCCGAGAACAGCUCCGAGCAGCUGGCUGCCCUGGAGCGGAAGCUCCGCUGUCUAGAGCAGGAGAAGACGGAGCUGAGCCGGAAGCUCCAAGAGGCCCUGCAGGUCCCCUCUGACCACCGGGAGCUGGAGCAGCUGCGGAAGGAAGUCCAGACCCUACGGGACAGGCUGUCAGAGUCGCUGAGGGACAGCAAGGCCCCCUUGUCGCAGACGGAUGGGCCCCCCGCUGGUAGUGACAGUGACCUGCAGCAGGAGAGAGACCGGCUCCUGCAGGAGCUGGCCGAGGCCCGGGAAGGGCUGCGGGCACAGGAGAAGGAGCUGAGCAGAGCCCAGGGCGGGCGGGAGGAGCUGCUCCAAAGGCUGCAGGAGACCCAGGAGAGAGCGGCGGCCUCAGCCAGCCAGACCCAGGCCCUGAGCUCCCAGCUAGAGGAGGUCCAGGCUGCCCGGAGGGACCUGCAGGCCCAGGUGGCCACCCUGAGCCGGGAGGUGACACAGCUUCAGAGACAGCGGGAGCGAAGCCUUGAGAAAGAAUCUCCCCGGGUCAAGACCGUCCACGCUGCCUCUGAGACCAACGGCACGGGAUCGCCUGAGGGCGGGCCUCAGGAGGCUCAGCUGAGGAAGGAGGUGGCCGCCCUGCGUGUGCAGCUGGAGCAGGCCCGCGGCCACGGGCCCAGUGGAAAGGAGGAGGCCCUCUGCCGGCUGCAGGAAGAGAACCGGCGGCUGAGCCGCGAGCAGGAGCGGCUUGUGGAAGAGCUGGAGCGGGAGCAGCAGAGCCGGCAGCGGCUGGAGGGCGAGCGGCGGGAGACAGAGGGCAACUGGGAGGCCCAGAUCGCCGACAUCCUCAGCUGGGUGAAUGAUGAGAAGGUCUCAAGAGGCUACCUGCAGGCCCUGGCCACCAAGAUGGCAGAGGAGCUGGAGUCCUUGAGGAACGUGGGCACCCAGACACUCCCUGCCCGGCCGCUGGACCACCAGUGGAAGGCAAGGCGGCUGCAGAAGAUGGAGGCCUCGGCCAGGCUGGAGCUGCAGUUGGCCUUGGAUGCCGAGAUCCGGGCCAGGCAGAGCUUGCAGGAGCAGCUGACACAGGUGCAGGAGGCCCAGCUGCAGGCCGAGAGCCAUCUGCAGGAGGCCGAGAAGCAGAACCGGGGCCUGCAGCAGGAGCUGGCUGCUCUGCGGGAGGAGCUGCGGACCCGCGGGUCAGGUGACACCAAGUCCUCAAACUCCCUGAUUCCCUUCCUGCCUUUCCGGAGCUCAGAGCCCCAGAAGGAUUCUGCCAAGGACCCUGGCAUCUCAGGAGAGGCCCCAAGACCCGGGGUGGAGCCAGAGCUGAGGCCAGAGGGCCGACGCAGCCUGCGCCUGGGGGCUGUGUUCCCCAGAGGGCCUGCUGCUACCACAGCCCCUGCAGAAGGUCCUCCUGCAAAGCCUGGCUCACACAUGCUGCGCCCCCGGACUUUCCCGUCACCCACCAAGUGUCUGCGCUGCACCUCGCUGAUGCUGGGCCUGGGCCGCCAGGGCCUGGGCUGUGACGCCUGCGGCUACUUCUGUCACUGGACGUGCGUCCCACAGGCCCCACCCUGUCCUGUGCCCCCUGAUCUCCUCUGCACGGCCCUGGGAGUACACCCCGAAACAGGCACGGGCACUGCCUACGAGGGCUUCCUGUCGGUGAGCUGGGGCCGGGGAGGGGGAGGACGGGGCGGUGGGGCCCUCCUGCAGGCGCUGGAUCUGAGGGACCCCCAGUUCUCAGCCACCCCAGUCCUGGCCUCUGAUGUUAUCCACGCCCAGUCCAAGGACCUGCCACGCAUCUUCAGGGUGACAGCCUCCCAGCUGACGGUGCCGCCCGUCACGUGUACUGUGCUGCUGCUGGCGGAGAGCGAGGGGGAGCGGGAGCGCUGGUUGCAGGUGCUGGGCGAGCUGCAGCGGCUGCUGCUGGACACCCGGCCCCGGCCCCGGCCUGUGCACACCCUCAAGGAGGCCUACGACAACGGGCUACCCCUGCUGUUGCACACGCUCUGCGCUGCCAUCAUCGUCUCACAGCAGCUGAGUGAGGAAGGUACCAUUAUUGCCCAACAACGGCUUGCUCUGGGCACCGAGGAGGGGCUGUUUGUGAUCCACCUGCACAGCAAUGAUAUCUUCCAGGUGGGCGAGUGCCGGCGGGUGCAGCGGCUGGCUGUGAGCCCCACUGCGGGCCUUCUGGCAGCACUGUGUGGCCGAGGCCCCAGCGUGCGCCUCUUCCCCCUGGCUGAGCUGGAGAACGCAGAGGUGUCAGGUGCCAAGAUCCCUGAGUCUCGAGGCUGCCAGGUGCUGGCAGCCGGGAGCAUCCUGCAGGCCCGCACCCCUGUGCUCUGUGUAGCUGUCAAGCGCCAAGUGCUCUGCUACCAGCUGGGCCCAGGCCCGGGACCCUGGCACCACCGCAUCCGUGAGCUGCAGGCACCAGCACCUGUGCAGAGCCUGGAGCUGCUGGGCGACCGGCUGUGUGUGGGCGCAGCUGGUGCCUUCUCGCUCUACCCGCUGCUCAAUGAGGCUGCGCCCUUAGCCUUGGGGGGCAAUCUGAUGCCUGAGGAGCUGCCGCCAUCGAGAGGGGGCCUGGGCGAGGCGCUGGGUGCCGUGGAGCUCAGCCUUAGUGAGUUCUUGCUGCUCUUCACCACGGCUGGGGUCUACGUGGACAGCGCCGGCCGCAAGUCUCGCAUCCAUGAACUGCUGUGGCCAACACUGCCCACAGGCUGGGGUUACGCAGCCCCCUACCUGACGGUGUUCAGUGAGAACUCCAUCGACGUGUUUGAUGUGAGGAAAGCAGAAUGGGUCCAGACGGUGCCGCUCAAGAAGGUGCGACCCCUGAACCCAGAGGGCUCCCUGUUCCUCUAUGGCGCCGAGAAGAUCCGCCUGACCUACCUCAGGAACCGUCUGGCAGAGAAGGACGAGUUCAACAUCCCCGACCUCACUGACAACAGCCGGCGCCAGCUGGUCCGCACCAAGAGCAAACGCCGCCUUUUUUUCCGGGUGUCGGACGAGCAGCGACUGCAGCAGCGCAGGGAGAUGCUGAAGGACCCCUUCGUGCGCUCCAAGCUCAUCUCACCGCCCACCAACUUCAACCACCUGGUACACGUGGGCUUUACGGACAGGAAACCCAGCGCCAGGGACCCGCCCCCGGCUCCUGAAGGGAAGGGCCGAGGUGCCCGCAGCUCCGUCCCGCAGCGGCCCCACAGCUUCUCCGAGGCCUCACGGCGCCCAGCCUCCAUGGGCAGCGAUGGGAACGCGGACCCCAUGAAGAAGAAGCCGUGGACAUCCCUGUCCAGCGAGUCCGUAUCCUGCCCGCAGGGAUCUCUGAGCCCCGCAGGCUCCCAGAUACAGGUCUCAGAGCGGCCGCGGAGCCUCCCCCCCGCCCCUGAAUCAGAGAGCUCCCCUUGACACCCUCUGGCAGGGCCCACCCGAACCCCAGGGCUGAGAUGUGAGGGAGCAAAGAGCUGAGGAGUGCCACGCUCCGGCUGGUCCGGGGCCUGUGGAGAUUCGGACUCAGGGAGAGCCUGGGCUGGGGAGCCCCUGGGAGGCUGAGUCCCCGGGACCUGGGACCCGACUCCCAGCCCUCAUCCCGCCUUCUCCUCUACCCCCAGCCCAUCCUGUGCGAGCCACUGGGAACAGAAUGGUCCCCCUUCCGCUGUGGGCCGGGGGCUCUUCUGUCCUGGUGUCCAGGGGUGAUUGUGCCAAAGCCCUCGUUUCCAGUGCCAAGCCGCGGGGUUUGGAAGAGUCAGGGACGGAGAAGGGCCAGGCCCCUGGCAGCAGACUCAGGUCUGGGCUGUGCACUGUCCAGCCCCCAGGAGGCCAGGUUGGGGCAUAUCCCAUCCCAGUCUCUGCUCAGGGACCGGCGAGAAGGACAGGCUCUGAGCCAGAGGAAAAAAGCGAGAGAAGCAGGGGGCAGGAUGUAGGUGAAGGAAGUGAGAGGCAAGUAGGGAGAGAGGAGGUGAUAGUGAUUAGAAGGAGGGAAAAGCCAUGCAGAGGAGAGAGGGAUAAAGGAAGAUGGAUGAACAAGAGAGACAAGGGGAGAGGGAAUUGGGGGAACGCACCCACGGGUCCUUUCUCUGGGGAGGAGCUGGUGGGGUUGGGAACAGGGAGAGGCUCAGUAAGCCAACUGACAUUGUCAUCUAAUCCGUCCGGAGAAGAGAACUUCUAAGCAGGGAUGGGACGGGGAGGGUAUUUAUAUGGGCUACCUGGUGGGAGAUGGGCGCCCGACCGGUCCACUGGCGGGUCUCCAGGCACACUUUGGCCCUUCCCCAAAAAGGGGGCUCCUUUUUCUCAAAGCUUCGACCAGCUGUGUAUUAGGGGAUCAUAGGGGACAUUUUAUUAUUGAGCACAGUCAUUAUUAUUAUUAUUAUAUUACUAUUUUUAUUAAACCUCCCCCUGCUGAUGAGUGAGGGGCAAAGUAAGUAUUUAUCUCCUCAAAUGCCCUAUUCCCGGGAGGGGUCGACCCUGAUGCUCUGCGUGGCAGGAAGGAAACAAUAAAGACAACUUUGUAAGUUGCUG